CGUUAAUUCAGUACCACAUCGAUUACAAAAUUUCCACCGUGCUGCAGGCGUUAUCCGAUUCGCGGCGCGGUCAGUGCGGUGACAAAAAGAAAUUCAGCGGUGGUGCCACCUGAACAACAGUUUCAGCAGCUACUGAGAGAGGAUUGACAACAGCGCCGCAGCACAGAACACGCGAACACCUGUGCACCUCCACCGAACGUAAAACGUGACGGAUCGUUCGCGUACCAAUUAUUUUUGGUUUGGGUGUUCGCAUUUUCCGUCCUUUGUUAAGCUUGCGUGGAUGGGAAGAUGAGAAAGUUUAAUGGGUUUAAUAGCAAUCGCAUCUGCAGCGUUCCGCAUUGCACGAACCGUGCCGUGAACGGAGAAACCAGCCUCCAUGCGUUCCCGCCCGAUGCGGCCAGGAAGGAAGAAUGGUGUGCGAGACUUCGCAUCUGUAAGCCCGUGACCCCGGCAAUGAGAGUUUGCAGCGCGCACUUCGUCGCUAGUGACUUCUUCUGGGGCAACGUGGACCCACACGUGUGGGCACCUCGUCGCAAGAGGCUCAAGAAGACUGCUAUGCCUUCACAGUGCUUGCCUGCACAGAUGCAAGGCACGAAAGGCUUAUCGAGGCGGCAGGCAUCCCCUCAAGUUUGUCAUGCUUGCCCACCAACACCGGCUCUACCCUGUGAAGGAAAACGCACACAUGGAAAGCUUAUCCAAGUGCAAGGAAAUCAAGACGGAGAGAAUCUGGACCGUGUCCUUCCUGAUAAAGGUGUUACUGGCACUGGCAUGGCAGCGCAGGAGGAUGAGGUCGUGGAGGUUCUUCUUCAGCUUAAAGCAGUGCGUAACACAAGGAAAGACCUGCGAAAGAAAAGUAUCCAGUGCAUCCAGAAAAGUUCAAGUGCUGCAGAGCGACGCAGUCAUCCUGCAAAAAGACGCAAGAAAAGUGAUCUGGACCACGUAGCUGGCACUGUUGCACAGAAAUGCCACAAGCGAGGAGCUUUUGCAGCAAGGGCAGCCUCAAACCUGCCGCCCAAGUUUGCCGCCCGGACAUGUAUUCGCAGACGCAACACACGGGCAGUGCAGACUUAUAUCAAGGCUCCAUCUGUCGGGGUCCAGGCCAGUCCAUCAGUACAGCACAGUCAUGUCCAGACUUGUUACAGGCCGCUUUUGCGUGUGGCAGCUGUCACAUAAACCAUGGUAUUGCCAGUCUACAGUGAAAUCCUGUAGUGUUGCCUCAAUUCUUGAUGUGUACAGGGCAAAUUACUUCAAGAAGAGUUUGUGCUGCUUUGAAGAAUACACUGAGGAUGAUGCAUACGUAAGGCGUUACUCGCCUGUUUGGUCUCAUUAAUCUUAAUAAUUUAAUAUUCUUGAUGUGUCAGAACAGCUUUGCAACAUUGUCACAUGAAAGAUAAAUAUGUGCAGAUUUAUGUGCACAAGACUAGAUUGAAUGGCAGGCAGUCUUUAUCACAUCAGCAUUGCCAGAAAUAUUGUUGAUGACACUGCGCUGUUAUUUACGUCCAGCAGGAGUCUCUUAAAGUGCUGCAUCACGCCAAGAUGUUGCACCCUUGUAUAUUUUGUACACCGUCUGACAAGCCCAAGCACAUUGCUGAACCUUGCUAUCACAGCCAAUGGUUCACCCAUUAGGCUAAGCUGCCAGUCUGUUAAAUAAAACAGUCAAUAAGUUUUUCCAA